AGCAAGACAAAAACAAACAAACAAAAUAAGUAUCAGUUUCUGUACCAAUCACAGUGCUUCUCUUUUUUUUUUCAUGUAGGCCUGCGUGCAAGUCUUUGAAAACAGAAACGAGGAGAAAUAUAUAAACAUGCCACCCUUCCGAGCUCACAUCCACACAUCCCACACAGACAGGCACUCCUGGCACCCAUGCCCUAGUCAUCCUCCUCCCAUGCUUCGGUGUCCUGCAGCAUUUGAUUUUGAAGUCACGCUCGGGAAAGAUUUGUGAGCGGGCCUGUUGACUGCACACCCAUAUUGAAUGGAUGAGGAUCUUCCCUUUGGAUGCCGGGAACGUCGGCAGAAGACCCUUGCCCACCACCGUUUUUGUUUCUCAACCCCUUUCGGAGCGGAGAGGUUCCGACGUCCAGUCUUAGAGUGUACUAGACCCAGUGCUAAGCGAAUUAUGCUCUACGCGACGCAAAGCGGUUUCUGCUGGGUGCCGGAUAGCGAAUGUUUCGUCACGGCGAGAACCGUGACUGUCCUUGGCCCUCACGGGGCUUCGCCGGGUUUUCGGGCAAUUACUUCCCGAGGAAACCGCCAAGGUAACUCCUAUGUCAGUGCUGCGGCAUACAUGGCGUCCACUUCCUUAAGCUGCAGCAGCAGGCCGCAGCUUGCACCAAUAUCCAGGUGCAUCGGACAACGUCGGUCGAGAUGAAACGACAGGAAUUAGUAUGCCUAGCCGGUUUUCUGAGCAGGCUAAACCACCUUACCGCGUACAAGCGCAGCCAGGAAUACCGAAAACGGGAGAGGCGUGCCAUUCCAAGGCUCGCAUGCGCGAUCACCACACCUUGUUCGUAUCCCCUGGCAAUGUUGCGCAGUGAAGCGCCACGAAUUCCCCGACGUCUACACCAUUGUCCACCAGUAUACCCUCAUCGCAACUUUAGGGGGCGCCCAAUACCACGGAGUAAUGGUCGUUGACUUCCAGACGGUGCUACCAAUGUGUGGCAUGGCUAGCCACACGGCACCACCAUCCGGCAUCAACUGGGCACAGUGCUUCUCUCCAAAAUAAAAAACUCGGAUAAGUUUUUUACGUAGUUUUUUCAUUGUCUUCGUCUUGUUUAGGUCUUCUGUGCAGGUCUUAAAGCCAAAUUUGUUCCUUUUAACUUAUAUAAAAGCCCCAGCCACCACACGCGCGUGGUCGUUGGAACCAAAACUCGGGACUAUAUUUGGCAGCGAUCUGGGGUCGUUGUUCCGAGGAAAAAGGUUCCAGAACCUCGUCCCCGCGAAGCCCUGCGCAAAUUUUGUUUUUUAAAAAAUAAAAAGUGAAAUCCGCAUUUUUUUUUGUUUUCUACACUAAUUUUGUCUUAGCGGUUUCACGAAAAAACACACAUAAAAAUUUUGUUUUUUCAACAUAAUGGCAGGUAAAAACUCUCGGGGGCGGUCGGUGGGCGGAAAGAAGAAGGUUCAAUCCCCGUCGGGACGAACCUUUUCCAAGAGCCCGAAAAAGACCGGAGGCAAGAAGGAGGUUCAAUCCCCGCCGGGACGAACCUUUUCCAAGAGCCCGAAAAAGACCACCAAGGAGCCCAACACAAGGAACAUUGGGCCCUCAAAGACCGAGGAGAAGUCGCAGAUGCCGCAGUUCGACCAACUGGCGGCACAAUACGCAACAGCGGCGGUGCUCGACAAGGCAAUUGCCGAGCACACAGAGUUGGCGGGGCGCUUGAUGGAGCGCCAUGCGUCAAUUCUGCAGCGCCAUUACGCCUGGGCGAACCCAGUUCACCAGGCGUAUUUUUAUUGCACGGCGGUGGACGUCACCGGGGCGGCUUGCACGUUUGCAAGUGACGCCGAAGAGGACGUCCAGAAACACAUACGCGAACGCCACCCCGGGUCCGGGGCCGUUCCACGGCGUUUUGGCCUCUCGCGGUACACGGGAGGCAUGGCGAACAUCGGGCCAUCCUGCUCGGUAACCGCGGUCGUCGCCGCGCUCGCCACCGUCACUGGGGGAUAUCAACAGAACGAUAUCCUCCGAAAAGCCUUCCGGACGUCUUCCGCCGAAGACUCCAGGGCUUUCCUCCAGGCCUUGAACCUUAGGCUACCAAACUCCCCGGCAGCUGUCCUGGGAGCACUUGCCGCACGUGACGCGGCGACGGACGCCUUUUUCGGAGCGACAGAAUGUCACGAUACAUUCUGUAAAACAUGCGGAACCACGAUCGAGGGACCGCGGGUGAAGAGCUCAGGGGUCCUCACUUACACGGCCCCGCCGGGCUCGCCACAGGGAGGCACAGCCAAGGCCUUAGAGAACGCAUUUGGACCAGAGGCGACGGACGCAGUGCAAUACUGCAGCGUCUGCGGCUGCGAUGCACAGCCGUGCGUCAAUAUGGUGCACUACCUCUUCCACAACGCCGUAGCGGUGACCGUUGUCCCGCCACCGACACAGCCAAACAACCGAGGGCUCCCGGAGAUACCGCUGGAGGUCGGGUUUGCCACCCGGCCGCUGGCGGCGACGCCCUUCAUCCUCCACGCCGCACUGUGUGUAACCACGCCGACGCACCUGGUCGCAUACGUCGCCGAGCGGGUGGAGGAAACCACGUACUGGCAUUUGUAUGACGGAACCGUUCAUACAAAAGGAGUCAAGGCUCCGGACGCAGCAAAGGUUCGCAUGCUGCUCUACCUGCCAGUUCCGAUCCGCCACGACGUCGGAGAGGGGGACAACGAAGACGAAGAGCACAGUAACGGUCGGCCGGCGGGCGCGCCGCCGCCGCCGCCGCCGCCGCCGCCACCGCCCACUAGCCUAGGGACGGAUGAGUAUGGUCACGAGUUGUUCGGGAUUGUUCUGCCGGAGGGAUCCGCAGACACAGUCCCAGACGACGAGGACGAGGCGGAGGAAGACCAACCCACCGCCCCAUCACCACACCCCCUCCCAAACCACCCCCUCACCAUCCCUGACACUCCCCCGGCCAGGAGGGCUGAAGAAGAUGGGGAGGACGGCACUAGCUCGGAUGACAUCGAGCUGGUGCAGCCGGAGGGGCAGUUUCUGCACGGAGACAACGUGCAUAUUGCCCCAGCAGAAGGGCUCAGCUGCCCGUUCUGCGCCCACCGCUGGACCUCGGCCGCACGCCGGGCCCAGCAGACGGACCACGCCAACCACACCCAUGGCCAAGAACGGUGUGGUGCCGAGGCCCUGAAGCGGGCAGGACUGGACCGCUGCCUCGUGUGCGGGCAGUUCGUCGUUGCGUCCCGGCGCGGACGCGCAGCACACCUCCCCAAGUGCGGACCGUACGAGACGCGUGCGGUUCGCAACAGCAAGCGGGCACGGCAAGACCCUGCCACGCCCGUGGAAGGGGAGGACGACGUCGCGGACACGCCGCCGACGGUGGCGCCACAGCAAAGGCGCCGCGAGCCACCCACCGAGGAGGACCUCGAGUGGGUGAAGACGUGCCCCCCCACCAUCCGCACCCUGCGCAAGCAGGAGUGGGGGGUUUGGUGUGAAGCCGUGGGCCAGACGCUCCUGGGCUACACGGCUGCGACGCAGCAGGAGCGCCACCGACGCCAGAUCGCCAUGACGACUCUGGUGCGCACUCGACUGGCCAAGCCACAGCCGGAGGGUGCCGAGGAGGCGCCGAGGAGCGGCACCGAGGGGGUUGCGGCUGGCGACGACCAACGCCAGCGCAACACGGAGGAGGAGCUGCCCACGACACGGCAGCUCACGCCGGAGGAGAAGCGCAACAAGCGCAUCCUCCACCAGAUUUCCCUCGGUGCACUGGGGAAGGCGGCACGGACGCUCUUCCACGCACAGCUGCCGCGCGCCCGCGUCAGCGACGUGGUGGAGCAGCUGCAGGAACUGCACCCCCAGGAGGACCCGGCUGGUCACCCCAUGCCGCCGCAGGUCCCGUUCAUGCACGGCCUGAAGCCCGAGAAGGUCUCGAGGGCCAUCGUGCAGCGUCUCGGUCGCGCGUCCGCACCGGGACUCGACGGGUGGACGCGGGAGUUGCUGAUCCCAGUAGCAGAGAACAAGAAUCUGCUACAGGAGUUCACGACGCUCCUGCAGGACAUCCUCUCAGGAAGGGUGUCGCCAUCCUUCGCGUUCAGGCUGCGGGCCUGUGUUCUUCACCCGUUUCUGAAGGAAGCGGGGUCGCCGAAGGUCCGGCCGAUCACGCCGGAGUCGGCGAUUCUCAAGAUCGCCUCACACGUCGCCCUCGACGCGGUACCAAAGUCAUUCCGGGAGGUCUUCCGCGGGUGGCAGUUUGGGGUGUGGGGUGACGCAGCCGCUGCAGUCAAGCAGAUCCGGGCAGCGUACGCGAGCGCGUCAGCCGACACGCUGGUCGCUUUAGACGCGACAAACGCGUACAACCGAAUGUCCCGCGCGCACAUCCUGAGUGCGUUCUACUCCCACGAGGAGUUGCGCCCCGCGUUCGGGGUGGUGGACAUCGCACUGGGAGAACCGGGUGCCCUCGGCGUCUACGAGCACGGACGCCGGACGCAAGAGCUGGCGUCGACGCGGGGUGUCCGACAGGGGAUGGUCCUGGGGCCGCUCCUCUUUGCCACAGCAAUGGAGGAGGUACUGCGCCCGCUCAUCGCCAGCCACAAGACGGUGAAGGUCACCGCAUACCUGGACGACCUGACGGUCGUCGGCCCGCGCAGGGAUGUCCAGCUGUUCCUGGACGCUGCUGGUCCCCUGCUGUCGAAUGUUGGGUUUGACAUCAAUCCGGCGAAAAGCCACCACCUGUCCAAAAUGGUGGCGCCGGUCCCGGUGACGGUGGCAGGCACGGUCGUGCCGGUCGCCACAGACGUUGUUCGGAUCCUCGGAGCUGGGUUGCAGGGCAACAGCGCACCGGUAGAGGAGUGGGUGUGGGAUAAGACCCAGAAAUACGAGUCUUACUUCGCGGCGCUUGAGGACGACAAGUUGCCGCGCCACUCCAGGCUCAACCUCCUGAGGGCAUCCGCCCUCCCUCGUCUCACGUUCCUCCUGCGGACACACUGCCCGCAGGAGUUGGAGCGCAGCGCCACCUGGUUUGAUCAACGGGUGCUGCGGGUGCUGUCGGCGCUGGUGGGCGACGCGGCACCAGACAACACCGCCCACCUCAUCGCCAAGCUGCCCAUGGUCAUGGGCGGCCUAGGCCUGCGGUCGCAGACCGCCAUCUCGAAGUUCGCGGCGGCCAGCGUAGGCCGGAAAAGCGCGCAGCGGGACCAGACCCGCGUCGUUGACAAAGAGGUCCGCGAGACCCUACUUCCUCUCCUUUCGGAGCCUUGCCUCGCCCUCCUCAAAGCCAAUGCCGCCCCUGGUGCCACGCGCGCGCUGGUGGACCCCGCCGUCCAUCUUCCGGACUCCGCGUUCGAGGUGAUGAUCCGCCAGCGACUCAUGCUGCGGGUACUUCGUCCCGGUGUGUGUUGUGCAUGCGGCGCCGACGCAGACAACGCACACGUGAAUGUGUGCCCUGCCCUGCCGGGUGGGCCACGCAUCAGCCGCCACAAUCGCGUCGUCAUGGCCAUCGACGCGUGGGCGAAGCAGCUGGGGCUCUCCACGGUCGUGGAACCCCGGGUCGGGACAGCCAACCGCGAGCGGCUGGACCUGACCAUUGCGACCGCGGGGGAGACAUUCGCGACGGACGUCGUCGUCACCUACCCCGGUCGCUCGUGCGGCGACGCCCAGAGCCCUCUCCAACAGUCACACGGGGAGAAAAAGCGCAAGUGGGCCAACUGGGCGCACGAGAGCGGCACCGUGUUCGCACCGGUGUCGCUGGAGUCCACCGGCGGACUCCACAAGGAAAGCUUCGCGUGGAUGUUAGCUGUUGCCGGGUCGAUGCCCUUCCCCUACUCAGCCCGGACGGCACUGAGCGAGCUCCUGUCGGCGGUCUGUCAGGCAGUCCACGAGGGGAAUUCCUUCCAGUUCGCCGCUGUGAAGAAUGUGUGGGCACGGUCGCUGCAGAGGAGAGUGGAUUGAGGGAUGGGUCGGCAAAGGCGGCCCCGGAUGUGGUAGCUUCCGGUUGUUACUUUUCAUAUAAGCUCACUUGUUGGAGCAAUAGUGUACUGGACUGCGCCUCGCUUUCCCACCUCUAAGUGGAUCGCUGGCGCAAUCGCCUCUUUGCUUCCGUAGUUUGUGCUUGUGUUUUUUGUUUUCUUGUUUCUUUUUCUUUUUCGUUUUCCUUUUUCCAUCGCUGUACUGUUCUUUCUCGUUUUUACUAUUUGAAUAAACCCAUGAUUACUUCCACUGGUCUGAAUAGGGCUUUGCACUAACAUAGGGCGCUGGGUUUUUGGAACGCUAAUUAAGUUCGUUUUUCAGUCCUCAUGGCAAAGACUGGUGCCACGCGUUGGCUGGAGCGUGACCCAAAAAAAAAAAAAAUAAAAAAAAAAAAAUAUA